CCUGCGCAUUGCGUAAUAUCAAUUGGCCGCCAUGCUUUCGUCAAGACUUCGGUAUCUACCUCGAUGUUGCAGGUGGUUUCCUGCUUCUACGUUACAAUUAGGACAUCAUAAGCUGCAUCCAAAAGAACUAAACCAAAUACUUGGUGUAACUACUACACGAUGUCUAUCUACUAUAAGUACGAACAGGUUACACCUUCAUACCGCAUUAACAGGAACCUCUUCAUUACAGACUUUCCAUAAUUCAGCAUCUUUAAACAGUAUUGAUAAAACGGUCAACUGUCCACCAUUUGCUGAAUCUAUUACUGAGGGUGAUAUAAGAUGGGAAAAAGGGAUAGGUGAUUUUGUAAAUGAAGAUGAGUUAGUGGCCGAAGUAGAAACGGACAAGACAAAUGUUCAAGUAAAUUCACCAUGUACUGGUGUUAUUGAAGAAUUAUUGGUAGCAGACGGGGAAACUGUAUCACCUGGUGCACCAAUAUUUAAAAUAAAACCUGGAAAAGCCAGUGAUGCCCCAGCCAAGAAAGCAGAUGCCCCAGUUCCACCUGCAAAGACCGAAGCAGCCGCAGCAGCUGCCGCACCUUCCCCCUCAUCAGAAGGUCCAAUCCCCUCGACGCCACCACCAGUACCUCCACUUCCAACAAAACCAACUAGUUUUAAACCUACAUCAUCCGUGAAGGUGAAAUCAGCCCCUAGCCCAACACCAUCAGUAAGUGGAGGUAGAGGAGAACAGAGAGUGAAAAUGAACAGAAUGAGACAAAGAAUAGCUCAAAGAUUAAAGGAAGCCCAGAAUACAUGUGCUAUGUUAACUACCUUUAAUGAAAUAGAUAUGAGCAAUGUUAUGGAAAUGAGAGCCAAUUACAAAGAAGCGUUCCUUAAAAAGACAGGUCUAAAAUUAGGAUUUAUGUCCGCUUUCGUUAAGGCUACAGCCUAUGCUUUACAGGAUCAACCAGUUGUUAAUGCAGUUAUAGAUGAUUUAGAAAUAAUAUAUAGAGAUUAUAUAGAUAUUAGUGUAGCUGUAUCAACACCAAAGGGUCUUGUAGUGCCUGUUAUAAGAAAUGUAGAAACAAUGAACUACGCUAAAAUAGAAAAAACUAUAGCCGAACUAGGAGACAAGGCUAGAGAUGGUUCGUUAGCUAUAGAGGAUAUGGAUGGUGGUACAUUUACUAUAAGUAAUGGUGGAGUAUUUGGAUCACUGUUUGGUACUCCUAUAAUUAAUCCCCCACAAUCAGCUAUAUUAGGAAUGCAUGCUAUAGUUGAUAGACCUGUAGUGGUUAAAGGAAAGGUUGAAAUUCGCCCUAUGAUGUUUGUGGCCUUAACUUAUGAUCAUAGAUUAAUAGAUGGACGAGAGGCUGUUACUUUCCUUCGUAAAAUAAAGACAUCUGUAGAAGAUCCAAGAACUAUUUUACUAGACUUAUAAUUUUUAGGAAAUUAAAAGAUUUUGUAUAAUUAAGUAGACUAUAAGAGACAAAUGAUUUGAGUGUUACAAUUCAAGGGAUAAGAUAUCAAGAGUAAAUUAUCACCAAGGAAUAAAACCCUUUUCAUUCUUGAAUCUCAUUCAGUUUUAUUCACAGAUUUUACACAUGCAUUUAGAUACAAUCAAUAAAUAUCUGACAUAGUCUAAUAUAGUCGGUCAUCGGAACAUGUUAAGAUUUAUCUCUACUUACCUUUGGUAUUUUCGAAUUUGGAAGAGUUUAGGGGGUUAGUUUAGGAAUUUGCCUCAUACAUGUAUCUUAUAAGAUCAGCAAUAUAUCUGGAUGAGAUUGUACCUGGAAAGUUGUUUUAAAGAUGUAGAAAAGUUUAUAACAAUUAGAAAUAUAUAUAUAGAGAUGUAAUUAAACAAAUGUAUGCAAGAAGUAAAAAAACAACUAUACUGUAAAUUUCUGAUCUGUUUGUGUUUUCUACAUAUGUUUUCCAGUUUAUAAAUUGGUGAGUUUUUAUUUAUGAGUACAUACCUACUGCUGUAUAAAGAUCCAGUCAAUAAAACCCUAGUUUAACUCAGCAUGAAUGUUGCCUAUUUAUACCACACUGUAAAAGUUAAAGUUUAUUUUCGAAUAAAUAUUUUAUUUAUUAUUUAUAUUGAAAAUCAAUGUGAAAAUUUAAAUAUUAAACCAAUUAUUGUAGAUUUUUUUCUGGAAAUGUGUAAUAUUUAUUACAUAAAAAAAAAGUCAUACCAUGGCAAACACAAACACUGUAUUACAAAAAUAAUAGAUAGAUUUUAAAACAACAUAUUGAAAAUAAAUCUGUAAAAUAAAUUUUAGACAGAUUUAGUGUAAAUGAACAUAUUUAUUCGUAAGUAUAUAUAGUACAGUUUUUGUCCUUCAGAAUAAAACAAAUUUUUGACAAGAAGAACUCAUUGAAUAUCAUAUUGUACAAAUAUAAUAAUGUAUUGUUUCUGUUCAAUUAUUUAUGGUUGAAAAAAUUGAGUAUCAUUGAAAUAAAAAAAAAGAAGCUCAUUA